GUUGCUGUAGUUUGGCUGAGACGAAAGAGUAUGUGUGCCACAAUGCGAUGUCGGCGAGGUUGAAAAUCUAGCAAUAUCAUGUCCUCGACAAAGUGUCCAGCAAGGAAAUUUUAGACAAUAGCUGUUGUAAUGUAAUGUAUUUGUCCCAACGCAAUGACGGACUUUAUGCGCUCUGCCUUUGCAAAGAAAGGCCAGGAACAUGAGCUUGUUGGUACGAAUGUUCAAGUCGGCGAUUACAAUUUCGCCAUCAAGAAAGUAGUAGCACAAGGUGGAUUUGGAUUCAUUUUUCUUGUCGUGGAUGGAGCUGGCAGGUCCUACGCACUCAAACGGAUUAUUGCGUCUGGUGAGACAGAGAAGGUUGUGAAAAGAGAAAUAUCUACUCUGAAACUAGUCUCUGGCCACCCAAACAUUGUGGAGUUUGUAACUGCUGCCGCUAUCCCAGCCAAGAAUACUAAGCAUGGCAACACCGAGUUUCUUAUCAUUCAGGAACUCUGUUCAGCACCGCUCAAGUCUGUUCUGGAUCCAUUGAUGGCCGAAAACGAGUUUCGGCAUGACCAGCGACUCCACUGCUUCCACAAAAUCUGCGAGGCGGUUGCUCACAUGCACAUGCUCAAGCCGCCCGUCGUUCACCGCGAUUUGAAGAUUGACAAUGUACUGUUGAGCGCGUCCGGUGAAAUUAAACUCUGUGACUUUGGAAGUGCAACCACCACCAUCUACCAGCCGACAUUGGACUGGAAUCACAUCCAGCGUGAAACAGCCGAAGAUGAAAUCAACCGCAACACCACCCCGAUCUUUCGUGCGCCAGAGAUGCUCGACCUCUAUACCAACAUGAUAAUUGGACCGAAAGCCGAUAUCUGGGCUUUGGGAUGUCUUCUGUAUCAAUUAUGUUUCGGUUCGAGCCCAUUUGAAGAGUCUGGUAAACUUGGUUCGCUGAAUGGCAAGUACAGAUUUCCUCCGGACUCGCCCUAUCAGGACUACGCGCCACUAAUUCAGGGCAUGCUGACAGUGGAUGUAAAAGCACGUUGGAACAUACAAAAGGUCCUGGAAGAAGUAGAGACUCUUGCCAGGAAGCUCCGCAUCGAUCUAUUCAACCCUCUGCCUUACCCUUUGGUGGCUCCACCUGGCACAAGUCUAACGGAUGGCGCUGCAUCUGCCACUGCUGUAGGUGAUCUGCUGUCAUCUGCGGGUGCCUCCCUCACCCAAGGUGGCAGUAAGCUACUUGGAUUCAUGAAGGGAGGUGCUGGCAGUCUAAUGAAGGGCAUCAAGGAGACGUCAACCAAAGUCGUUUCAACUGUGCAGGGACUGAGCAAGGGUCAGCUUGACCUCAGCUACAUCACAGCUAGGAUUCUUGUUUUAGGUGCGCCAUCCACUGAUGUCCCGGAGGCACUCAGCGGCAACCCUGUCAAUGAUGCCUGCGAAUACUUUGAGCAAAUGUCUGGUCAUCAGCACAUGGUGUUCAACCUCAACGACCGUGCUUAUGAUGAGGGCAAGUAUCAUGGCAGGGUGGUGAUGUGUGCGUGGAAAGCUCGUUCCACGCCUCAGUUGCGGCAGAUCCUAGCCUUUUGCCGUCACUUGCACAAGUACCUUACUCAAACACAGGAUGGCGUGGCCAUCAUUCAUUGUGAUGACGGAAGGUCACAGGUAGCACUGGCAGUAGCAUCGUACUUUCUAUUUUGCAAGAUGUUCAAGCUGCCAAGUACCAGUCUUGUGAUGUAUGGCAAGAAACGCUUCCCUGGAGGUCACCGCGGCUUAGUCUUGCCUUCACAUAAAAGGUAUCUAGACUACAUGACGCGCAUGGUGAAUGAGCAAGAGCACCAGGGACUGCACUGCCGUCGCUUCCGACUGAAGCAACUAGUCUUGAGCGGUAUACCCAAGUUCAAUCUGCACCGAUCUGGUUGCAAACCCCUCUUUGAGGUUGUGAAUGGUGACAGUGUAUCCUGGCUCUCGGCAGAUCCACAGCAAUUGGAGCGUUGCAGGAGCUACACUGACACGGAUGGUGGUAUCGUAAUACCUCUUCAGGAAACUGUUGUGGGCGGUGAUGUACGUGUAGCCGUUCACCACAUCCGCCACUUGUCGACGCUUACAACGAGUACAGUGCGGAUGUUUAGUUUCAGCUUUCACACAGCUUUCGUGUCUCCCACUUCGGAUUGCCUACUUUAUAAGCUGUCUGAGAUUGAUAGUAUCACAUCAAAUGCAGCCAAGUUUCCACCUAACUUCACUGCGACUCUGCACUUUGAAGUCCUGCCCGAGGGCAACAGUGAUCGAUCACUAGCCAUUUGGAGCAAAGCUAUUGUGGCAACCGGAUCACGUGUGUGCUUUGGGUCAUCAGCCGAAGAGGAUGAAAUACGUGAAAAAUAUGGUCGCCUGGACCUCAGGACGCCUUCUCCAGCCGCUGCAAGCACCAAUGGACGGAACUUCAGUGACCCCAGUGUACAGGAAGAAAUUGCCAGACCAUUUGAGGACGCGGAAGGUGAAGGAGCAUUCAAUCUCCUGGCAGACUGUGACGAUGAUGAAGAAGAUGACGAAGAGGAACAACUAACAUCUCACACGGUAAUGAACACUGCCUUUGAUGAUGACGCCGGUGCAAACUCUACCGGCGCUGCUCCAGCCGCAGUCGUGCCUGAUCUGCUUGGGGGAUUAGGUGAGACCUCUGGACAGCCAUCUCAGCAACCCGCAUUGAAUAUCCUUGACUUUGACUCGGCGCCGUCUGCACCUGCUGGUGCUGCUGCUACUGCUCCGGCUGCUUCUCCAUCGCUUGAUCUAUUCGGCAUGCCUACUACACAACAGGCAGCCGAUCCAUUUGGCGGCUUGUCGCAUCGCUCUGGUCCAUCACCAACACAACCAGCAACACAGCCGUCGCAGGAUCUGUUCGAUCAAUCGUCAGCGUUCUCUUCCGCACCAACUGCCCCGGCACAACCUGCUGCCAACAGUGGUGGUGAUCUGCUGGGCGGCAUGGCAGAAAUGACCUUUGAUCCGUUCUCUUCAGCACCAAGUUCUGGCAUUCCUUCCCCACAAAUGUCUGGCGGUGCUUCACGCCCUGGCGCGGCUGGACAGGCAGCCAGCCCAGCUGCCGACUUGAUGGGUGGAGGCAACGCUGGCUUUGAUUUGAUGGGAGGCAUGCAGAAUGUCGGCGCUGGCAACAACUUGAUGGGUGGCAAUCGACAAUCGAACUCUUCCUUCCAGCCCAUGGGCGGCAGCACUCAAACGAGUAGCUCCGACCUGCUGGGUGGUGGCAUGGGUGCUGCUGGCUACGGCGGCACCAAUAGCUCACGCAACAGCAGUGCCGAUUUGAUGGGAGGUUUUAGUGCAGCAGCUGGCGGUGGCGGCGGUGGUCGCCUAUCCGGUGCAAGCUCGCCGUAUCAAUCACAGUCGCCAGUAGGCUCAGUACCGCGUGCCACCAGUCCGAUGAGUGGAUACUCAACCUCUGGGUUUGCACCCGUGGGUACCGGUGGCAUGUACGGUGGUAAUCAGCAGCAGCGGCCUGCGAUGGGCUACCAAUCUGGAGGAGCUGGCAUGGGUGCUGGUGCCGCGAAAUCCGCUGACCCGUUUGCACAACUCGGCGCCUUUGGUGCACCUGCGUCCAAGGGCGUGCCGAGCAGUUCGUCGCAGACUUCCAUCAACCUUGGUGUGAGAGGUGCCGCACCACAGCAGCAGCAGCAGGCUGGCAGCAGGCCAUCCAGUCGACCACCGUCUGGUGUUGCCUCUCCAGCUAACAGUGGCCGCUCUACCCCACUGCAUGGCGGCACGGGCCUCAGCAGCAAACCAGUCUACACCAGUGUGAUCGGUGGUCGCGAUGAACGUGGCACUCGACUUGGAGGUGGAGGUGCAGGCAUACCGCCUAAGGUAGAGGCCGGCGCAUUCACUGACCUACUGUCCAGCCAGGGCUUCCAAUCAGACAAGCAGGACAAGAACGUCUCUCUGAAGAACAUGCGCAACAAGGACCUGGAGAAGACGAUGGAUCCGGUCAAGCUUCAGGUGAUGAAGUGGACAGAAGGCAAGAGAAAGAAUAUCCGAGCUCUGAUUGCUGCCCUUCCUGAAGUCCUCUGGGAAAGCGCUACUUGGACGCCUGUUGAAAUGCACAAGCUUGUGCAGCCGAAUGAUAUCAAGAAAGCUUACCGCAAGGCCUGCCUUUGUGUACAUCCUGACAAGCUAACAGGAGAGCCGGAAGAAGAGUUGGCCAAAGCUAUCUUUGUGGAGUUGAAUGAAGCCUGGACGGCUUUUGAACAGAACAAAGACAUGACACGUGUGGCGUAGACACCUGCGUACCCACCUGUGGCGCUUUGCGUGUACGUUGACUUGGAUCCUGCUAGUAUUUCGACUUAUUUUACUAGUUCCUGCAUUGCGUGAAUUUCUCCUGGUCCCCCCCCCCCCCCUCCCCCUUUUUUUCUUUAGACCAACUAGCCGCCACCCUGUUCUCAAGACUCCAGAUCUGUCAAAAAUUUAUUUCUCAUAACGUUUGCAGCUCCUUGCAGCUAGCCUUUUAGGACACAGUCUCUGCACUAACAUAUGGUAUGAAAACUUAAUGAUUAUUUGCUUCACACACACACACACACACACACACACACACACACACACACACACACACACACACACACACACACACACACACACACACACACACACACACACACACACACACACACACACACACACACACGCGCGCACGAUAAUGUGUGUGAAGCAGGCCGGUGUGAAAGCUGUGCUCACACCACACUGCACCAAACCCAUGUAUUAGGAGCGCCAUACUGUCCUCUGCUUCACUCUGCAUAUAUUAUGGACGUCGAUGAGUUCGUCGUUGUCGUCAUCACCGUGGUCGCUGUCCGUGCUCAUAAUUAUUUUGUUGUUGUCUCCUUUUGUUGAAGUUUUUCUGCUUGUACAGUACCAGUGAGCGCUACAUUGUGCGGCUGGAUGUAUUGUUUGCCCUGCAGCUUUCCUGCUACACCGUGUUGUUUUCAAAUGUCCUUUCCUGCGCCUAUACAUACUUCGAAGUAAUAUGUCUGUUUAUCACUAUUUUAUCACGACACGUCUUAGAAUGAUGAUUGCCUUUGCUCUCUUGUCACGCUGUACGAGUUUCGUUAUAAGCGACGGACGUACCACAUCCUCUUGUAUGUUUUCCUAUUUACGUACAUCCUACGUUUUUCUGGUAACAUGGCGAAUAUAGUCGUCCUGUUCAAUCCUCGUUUCUAAUGUAGAGUGCACACACCGCCGGACAUGUACUUCCCACGCAUAUGCACUGGGCAGCAGUGUUUUCUCUUGAUCUCUGUUGUGUUUAUUUACACUGUACAGUGCAUUGAUGUGCCGUGAUUGCAGGCAAUACUUCUGUGCGGCUGCUCCUAUUUUUUUUUUUGAGAAACCCCACAUUGCUUCAGCUGUAAUAUCGAAGAAUGUGGCACCAGCUGCUGGAAUAGUGCUGGACACGCUGGACGCAGA